AUGGACGUUGAACAUGGAGCAACAGUUUUUUUGUACGAAAUAGAAGAUGGAAAUGAAUGGAUUGAAAAAGAAAUUCGCGUUAUUGGAACGCUAAAAUAUAUCCAGCUUAGUACUGAAACCGCGAUCCUUGAACAAUACUUAAACCAUUCUAAACAUCGUCUCAUUGUAGACACACGAUUGAUUGAGAAUAUCGGUCAAUAUUGUAGUGAUGAUAUGAUUGAAUUGUUCGGAAAAUUAACAUGGGAUGCUACACCUGGUCCAGGGAUAGUUUCAAGAAAUAGUCAACUACCGCCAGAAUUUCGUGUCAAUACUUCGCGACAACGGGUUCCAAUGAUUAGAGCACAUGUUAUACGUGACGUUCAAGGAAUAAAUAUGACUCUGUAUCAAGAAAUAACCAAAUUACGAAGACGAUUUAACUCGAAAUUUAAUGAUCUGAUGGAAAGCGAAGAAUUGAAAGCUGCUCAAAGCAGGAAAGACCGUCUCAAAUAA